CAUGGUAAUGAACUCGGGAGCUUUCUAAAGGAUUUUUUCGACAAAAAAGCUGCCAUUCUUAAAAUAUUGAAAUUUUUAAUGAAGGCUAUGAAUUGAAUUCGUCGACUUUGACUACGACUAUUUUUGAGUAGACAAAAUUGUUUAGUAUAGUCGAUAAACUGUUGUAAAUCCCAUUUGAGUCAAAUUUUGAAGGCCUACACUACACUACACACGUCUGAAUUGUUUGUAGUAAUAGUAGGAGGCUGUUACUAAGUGUUACUGUUUAAGUUAAGUUUUAGUUUUAGGCUACCACAGUUUGUUACUGAUCUGUUGUUUAUUAUCAGGCCUAGUUCAGUUAGAUUUGGAUUUGGAAGCUGAUUGAUCCCAUUCGAAUUGUAAAUAAACAAAACAUAAAAAUAAUGCCUACUAAUCCCUUAAAAAUGUAAGUACAAACAAAUUAAAAUGAAAAGCCUGCUUUUAGUUAAUCCUACUUAAUCAUAAGUUAAUCAGGGGUUGGGUAAAUGUUGAUUUGGCAUGCCACUCAUUUCCCAUGGCUGCCAUCUUAGUUGCCAUGAUGAUGAUGGCAACUGUAAUGACAACCAGGAUGACUGUCAUGUAAAAAAAAAAAGUAGUGCAAACACACGACUGCUAAAGUGGAGAGGGGAAAGAGAGAGCAUGUGCUACCUGUACUUACUUACAGAGAGAAAUCAAAAUAGGAACAAAAUAUUGAAAUUUUAUGAAAUAAUUUCAGCAGGAACAUAAUUUUUGUAUCGAACAUGCAGCAAGGAGUGUCAACAACCAGCGGCCACCUCUUUUCCUGGUGUAAUUUCAUCUUAUACAUUAAUUUUGUGGCGAACUAGCAACUAUAUUGUAUUCCUCUAGAUAUGUGGCAAGAAGUGUCAAUGACCUGCGGUCCCUCCCUUACCUCAACUAAAACAUGUGUGCUGCAGUUACAUGCUGUAUGUGGUAAAAAAUGAGUAGAAAUGAAGAAAAACACUACAAAAUAUUUUUAAAUAAAAAAAUAACGAAAACCCAAAUUACAGUUUCAUAGAAUACUACACUUUUACACACUUUAUUGCAGGUACCACCAAAAAGAAAAUUCAAAAGUUUUCAGAAAAAUCCAUACAAUACAAUACUAUACCCAUUUUCCUAAAUGCCGGAAAAUGUAAAUAUUAUAAUUAACCACCCAAUUAAAUUAUAAUUUAAAACAUUCCAUUGGCUGUAUUAAUAUUUUGUUGUAAAAAAAAGUUAACUCUAGUAACAAUCAAAGAAUAAAUUAAAUGGAGAGAAUUCUACACAGAAACUCAAAGUGGCGUGUGGAAUGAGGGUUCUUAACUUGUGGCUUGGUCCACCGCGGAAUCCAUGGGCCACUUGGGCAUCCUUUAAAAGUUGUUAUAGGGUCUGUGAGCUGCAUUUCCUUUGAUAUUCUAUUAUAAAAUGCAUUUAAAAAAUCAAAUCGAUUGAACAAAUAAGGUUGAGAACCUAUUGGUGGUCGGAAUGAUUUUGGUAGUAUAGGCGGAGUACAGUCUAUAGUAUAGAUAGAAAUACGUCAACUUUAAAAUGACUUAUGAAAGCCUAAACUUGACCUUCUAUAAUAAGCUAUUAUAAAAUUAUUCAUUUUAAUGAAAGAAGUUUGAAUUGUGAUUAUUGCCCUUGAUUGUUUUACAUAAUUAUUAAAUUGCCAAGGGCUAGUAAAACUAAUUUACCUAAUCUGUUUCUUGAGAAAACACAAAAUUAUUUCAAUUUUUAUUUUCUUCUAUCAGACUUGUAACUGGGGAUGUUGAAGGAAAUUUUGACCAACUCUUUAAAAGGGUUCAAACCAUUCAUAAAAAGAGUGGUAAUUUUGAUGUAAGCAGUUUCUUUCCAUUCUAACCAUUUUAAUUAUAUCAUAAUUCCUAUUAACUUUUAAAAUCUGUUCUUUAAAAAAUAUGCAAUAGCAAUGACUCUGUACAAAACAUGCUAACACACUUCACAAUCAAGACCAGGAUUAACAACCCACAUUAAAAGUUCACAAGAAUCACACUUCAUGUUUUAAUAAGAUUCAUGGUUUACAGUCCUUUUUAAAUGUAAACAUUUUUGCACCUGUUAAGUAUAUGAAAUAUACUUUUUUUUCAUUCAGCUUCUGUUGUGCGUUGGUGAUUUUUUUGGACCCAAUUUGUCUUCAUGGGAGCCUUAUAAAACAGGAAAACUCAAAGGUUUGGAAUUUAUUUUAAAAAUAAUGAUUGUCCACAAAGACAAGAACUUAACUAAAAGUUUGUUAAUGAGUAAUGUUAUUGAUUCAAAAUAUUGUUUUAGCAGUUUGUUACAAGAUAAAGCUUUCAAAAAUGAUUUUUAACUAUGUCUUCUAGUUCCACUAUCCACCCUUAUUCUUGGACCAACAAAGCCAGAGCUUGCUAUAUAUUACAGUGGAGAUGAAGGAUCAGAACUUUGUGAAGGUGUUACUUUCCUUGGUAAAAGACAACAUUUUAUACAGUUAAAAAACAUAGGCUAACUAAAAAAUUUGAAAAAUAUUUUGUUAAAGUCAUAAUGGUUUUGUUAAUUUUUUUUUUAAAUGUUAUUUUUUUUUCUUUUUUAAUUCUCAUCAUAGUGAAAGAGAUGAAUGGUAACUCUCUUUAAAAUUGUUCAUUUUCAUGUAAAAAAUUUUGGUGAGCUUAAUACAGGUUAAUUGAAACUGAAAAUUAACAUAGGCUAACUAAAAAUUUUGAAAAAUAUUUUGUUAAAGUCAUAAUGGUUUUGUUAAUUUUUUUUUUAAAUGUUAUUUUUUUUUCUUUUUUAAUUCUCAUCAUAGUGAAAGAGAUGAAUGGUAACUCUCUUUAAAAUUGUUCAUUUUCAUGUAAAAAUUUUUGGUGAGCUUAAUACAGGUUAAUUGAAACUGAAAAUUAACUUAAUAAAAGUUAGAACUCCAACCAAAUAAUUUGAUGAAAAUCCAAAAUGAAUGUAAAACAUUUUGCAAAGUUCCAUCAUGAUUUCUUCUAUGGUUUGCAGUAUAUCUCCAAAUGAUUGACAAAUCUAAAUGAAUCACUAAUUAAAUCAAUAUUGUUCCUAAAAAAAAUUAUUAUUUUUUUAAUUUACAUAUGAUGCUGAUUUUUACACUAGAGAAAUACUUAAGUUGUCUUUUGUUUAAAUUGUUCUAAUCGUAAAAUAUUUUCUUGGCUUUUAUUUAUGGGCUGAAAAUGAAGUACAAUGUACAAUGUAUGUAGAAAAAAAAUUUAGAUUUAUUUUGACGAAUAAAAGAAUCUUAUAUUAUACCCCAAAUGCAUAUACCAAUGUUUUUUUGUUGUUUUUUUCUUUUAUCAUGUUAUUUGUUUCAUCAGGCAGACAGGGCAGAUUUACUGGAUCCUCUGGUCUCCAGUUAGCUUACCUCAGUGGAGUUGAAAGUUCUUCUGGCAAGGGAGAUGACUGCACAUUCACUAGUCAGGAUGCCAACACAUUGAUCGCCCCUGUUAAAAAUGAUACUGGUUUCAAAGGCAUUGACAUUUUGAUAACUUCACAGUGGCCUAAAGAUGUGGAAAAAUAUGGCUCAUCAGCUGUAAAAUCCUUUUUUUUUUUUAGUGCCUAAAUUUGUUUAAAAAUAUUUGGCUAUAAUAAUAUCAAUAUGCUUUGUCUGAAAUAUGUGAUGAGUAAAGUUAUUUCCAAAUUUUAUAUUUUAAAUUAUUAAAAGAAAUUUAAAAAAUUGUUUUUAUUACAUCACUAAGAUAAUGUAUUUUUCAGCCAGGGCAUGAACCUAAAUUUCCAGGAUCAGGUUGCAUAGCAGAGGUAGCUAGAGUGCUGCGUCCCCGUNAGAUGAAUGGUAACUCUCUUUAA